AUGACCCCAAUCAGAGCUGGCAGACAAACGCUGGGGACGGUAGCUAUAGCCGCGACGUCGUUCCAGACGACGUGGAUGCUGGUGCGCGCGGUAGAAACCCCGCUGGGGAGCGUCGAGGAAGACAUUAACGGGGACGUGGGCGAGCAAGAACCAUUCGAUGCUCUGGGUGUAAGUGGCGACGCUGUUACUCCGACGUCUGCAGAUAUUCCUGGCACACAGAAGACGAACGUUAAUGCGGAGGCGUUGAUUCUGGUGACUGAUGCCCCCACGGCCGCGCCUAUCGCAACACAAGUGGCGGCGAACGAAAUGGAGAAACUGGUGAACCCCAAGAAGGAGGAAGAGGCGACAUUGAACUUGGAUAAUGCGACUGUCAACCAAGACAAGGACGCUCCUGCUCCCGCGGAAACAGCAUCUGUUUUAGAGGUUUUAAACACGGAGGCACCCACGACCGAGGCACCCACGACCGAGGCCCCCACAGAGCCGAUGCCAUCGACAAUAGAACCUGUAGCGAUCGUGGACACCACUAAAAAGCCAUCGUUGCGCACACAAGACCCCGCAGUAAUUUCAGACGUUGUAACGAAUGGUGCCGCGGAGACACAGGCACCCGGGUACCUUAGCCAGGGCAGUAACCCGUUGGUUUUGGUCGCGCUGGCUGGCUUCUGCUGCAUUUUCCUGCUACUCUGGGGACGUAAGAGACGUUCUAGCGCACCUACGAGCUCAGGUACGCCCGGAAAUACCAGUUUGAAGGGACCCAAGGUGCAAUACACGCAAGUGCCAGACGAGCAGCCGUUUAGCCACAGCCAGGAUGACGAUGAUGAAUACUGCGAUGAUUAUGAGGAGGAUACGUUCGCCAAUGACCGCGAUAAUUGGGACGAUUGGGAAGGUAACUCCACGCAGACUCAGGUCCCCCAGCUGAACCCCUUUAUUGCAGUACCCAGUGCUCCACGCCCGACGACACCGCGGCAAGGCAACAGUAGCCCCAAUCCUUUCAAGAUCACCCAGCCUUUGCCUCCUCCACCACCACAGCAGAACGUGCAGCUUCAGGAAAUUUCUGUUGCAGGCAAAGGCGACUUGCUUCCUUCGAGUGUCGAAUCCAACAGCUCUAGCGACUCAUUCGAGGUCGUAACAGAUGAGGCACAUGCUCCACCAACUAGCAACCGUGGUGUUACCGCUGAGGCGGAGAAGGAAGACGAGAGUGUCGAUGACCUGUUCAGCCAAUUUGGCAUGGUACCCACCUUUAAAAAGAGUGCAGUAGUUCCACCCCUGCCUGCAGCUACGAGCGCGGCUCCAGUUGCCCAGCCUGGAACUGCGGCACCAUCUUCUUCAUCGUCAUUGCCUACUGCUGCUGAAGCAUCGGCAUUGUUUGCUGCUGAGAUGGAUGACGACCUGUCUGCUGUGGAUGAAUGGGGCGAAGAUGACGAGUGGGUGAAAGGUAUUUGAUCGCUACACCAUCGGUGUCAAAGUUAAACAGCAUAAACAGCAACGCACAUAUAUUUCAAAUCGCUUUAAUGAUCUAUGUACAGCGGGGUGGUGAAAGGAGCA